GGCGGUCAUUUUAUCCUUAACUCAACAGAACACAACUGCUUUCUCACUACUGUCUUUCACUCUCUUCCAACAAUGUCUGUUUUGUCCCCUCCGACACAUUCACCACUUCUUCUCAACACCAAAACCAAUCAUCUUUCUUCAUCUUCUUCUUCACCUUCUUCUCUUCUUCCUCUUCUCACUUUUUCUUCCAAACCCUCUUCUUCACUCACCCUCUUCUCUUCUUCAAAAUCAGGAAAUGGGUUGGCGAGUGAAGAGAAAAAAAUCUUACUUGAACGGUAUGGUUAUGAUGUUGAUGCUGAUGACUACUUUCCUCAAUCUUCUUCUCCAAAGUCGAAGAGGAAGAAGGAGCAACAAAAGACAAGAGGAGGGAAACAAGUGCAGGAUCCACCUGUGGAACCUAAGCCUCCUCGUACGACACAUAAAUUACUUCAGGUUAUUGGAGGAACAGCUCGAAGAACGAAGCUACUCUCGCCAAAGAGCAUGGAUGUACGCCCCAUGAUGGAGGUCGUGAAAGGUGCAGCCUUUGAUAUAUUACAGGCGGCUGGUGGCAGUCCUGCAUCCUUGAGACCUGGACGCUGGUUAGACUUGUAUAGUGGUACUGGUUCUGUUGGAAUUGAAGCACUUAGCCGAGGAUGCUCUGAGGUGCAUUUUGUUGAGAUGGAUCCAUGGGUUGUAUCAGAUGUUUUGCGUCCUAACUUAGAGGUGACUGGAUUCAUUGAUGAUUCAGUCAUACACACUGUUCGCGUUGAGAAAUUCUUCGAACGUGCUGAGCAAUUUGUAGGAAAUAAUGACACAUUUGAUUACAUUAGUGUCACCCCUCCAUAUGCCGAAGUUGAUUAUGUGGUUCUGAUGAGGCUGAUUUCAGAAUCACCCUUUGUUGGCGAUGACACUUUUAUUGUAGUUGAGUAUCCUUCGAAAACCGACAUGCUGGAAUCUUGCGGACCCCUUGUUAAGAUAACCGAUAGGCGGUUUGGCCGGACACUCUUGGCAAUUUAUGGACCAACAUGGGCUCAAAAGAAGAGAAAAUCAAAAUACGAAAAACACAAUUGAAGUGAAGUCUGAUAAACUUGCUGUUGGGAUGUUCAAAAUGUUACAUGAGUUAGUAGGAUUUUGUUACUUGAAAAUUAAGGAAUUACAUUAUAGCUUAGUGAUGAUUCACUGUAGUGAUAAAGCAAAGUCAAUAAACUAAUUAUUCAUUCGAUUAGUUAACACUUAAAAUGCUUUUGUCCAAUGUUUAAAAAUACCGGAUCGAGCUGAUUGGUUCCGACUAGAAACCGGUCAGUUCAUUGGUUGUUCAAUUUAUAUAAAGAAUUGAAAUGAAAAAAAUUGCUGUAUUAAAUAA